GCCAUGGCUCCUCCGGCCGCGGCUGCCGGCCCGGGCGUGGGACCCUGCGGAGGGCGCUAAGCAUCCCCCCACCCGUGCCGGGGGUGCGCUCUGGCGGGUGGCCGUCGAGGCUCCCGCCGGGGAGAGCGAGGGCACCAUGCGUCCCCGCCCGCUGCUGUGGCCGUCGCUGCUGCUGCUCGCCUGCGCCGCGGACACCGUGAGUACAGUGGGCACCCUCCCCCGCCUGUGCGAUGUGCUGCAGGUGCUUCGGGAGGAGCGGGACCAGUGCCUGGAGGAACUCUCCAGGGAGAAGCCAGGAGACCUGCGCGCGGAGCAGCCGGCCCCAGGUUGUGAGGGGCUGUGGGACAACGUGAGCUGCUGGCCCUCCUCUGCCCUGGGACAGACUGUGGAGGUGGGGUGCCCGCAAUUCCUUCAGAUGCUCACAGGCAGAAACGGCUCUGUGUUUCGAAACUGCACACAAGAUGGCUGGUCAGAAGCCUUCCCCAGGCCCGACCUGGCCUGUGGGGUCAAUGUGAACGACUCGUCCAACGAGAAGCGGCACGAGUACCUGCUGAAGCUGAAGGUCAUGUACACCGUGGGCUAUAGCUCCUCCCUGGUGAUGCUGCUGGUUGCCCUCAGCGUCCUCUGUGCUUUCCGGAGGCUCCAUUGCACCCGCAACUACAUCCACAUGCACCUGUUUGUGUCCUUCAUCCUGCGUGCCCUGUCCAACUUCAUCAAGGACGCGGUGCUCUUCUCUUCGGACGAUGUCGCUCACUGUGACGCCCACAGGGUGGGCUGUAAGCUGGUCAUGGCUUUCUUCCAGUACUGCAUCAUGGCCAACUACGCCUGGCUGCUGGUGGAGGGCCUCUACCUGCACACGCUCCUCGUCAUCUCCUUCUUCUCAGAGAGGAAGUGCCUUCAGGGAUUUGUUGCCCUCGGAUGGGGUUCCCCGGCUGUUUUUGUUGCCUCGUGGGCCAUCAGUAGGCACUUUCUGGAAGAUGUUGGGUGCUGGGACAUCAAUGCCAAUGCGUCCAUCUGGUGGGUCAUUCGAGGGCCUGUGAUCCUCUCCAUCCUGAUUAAUUUCAUCCUUUUUGUAAACAUUCUAAGAAUCCUGAUGAGAAAACUUAGAACCCAAGAGACAAGAGGCAAUGAAGUGAACCAUUAUAAGCGCCUGGCCAAGUCCACCCUCUUGCUGAUCCCCCUCUUCGGAGUCCACUACAUCAUCUUCGCCUUCUCCCCAGAGGACGCCAUGGAGGUCCAGCUGUUCUUUGAAUUGGCCCUUGGCUCAUUCCAGGGCCUGGUGGUGGCCGUCCUCUACUGCUUCCUCAAUGGGGAGGUGCAGGUGGAGGUUCAGAAGAAGUGGCGGCAGUGGCACGUCCGUGAGUUUCUACUGCGCCCCGUGGCCCUCAACUCCACCGUCAGCACCGGCACCAGCGGCCUCCCCCACAGCACCAAGGCCAGCAACUCUGAGCAGAGUGGAGGCACCUGCAGGGCCAGUGUCAUUUGAGAGGCUGAAGCAGGGCCACCCGCGGGACAGACCCCGCGACGGGCCAGGAGAAGGCGAGAUGCUGCCACAGGAUAGUCCAUAUCAGUUUUCUCAGCACACAUCGUACGCUUUCCCCAGUGACCAAGAACACCCCUUCUCUGGGCCUGGAGUUGGGGAGGGGGCUGUGGUGGCGAUUCCUCAGAGCUGAAAAGAACACAGGUGCCGUGGGGCAGGAAGAGGGCCUGGGGUGUGGGUCUGUUGUGUUAUGGGAAGGGCAGUUCAGGGAUAAGAGAUGAGAGCAGGGAAAUAAAUGGCAGCUGGGAUGGGUUUGGUAUGUAACUGCCGCUCUCCUUUAGCCCUUGAGACGCAAUGUGAAGGAUUCUCCGGCUCGCUUCCCCUACCCCUUCCUGCAGUUUUCAGGGAUAAGCUUGAAGCCCAGAACACAUGAGCAGUUGAGACCCUUGGCUCUUGGUGGACCCUCCUUACCCCUCACUACAAUUCCCCUGUCCACAAACUCUUACCCUAGAGCCUACAGACAACUGAAUUAACCUGACCACAUCAGUGAGGCCAAGAGAGCCGCCAAAAUUCCCAGCUGCCAAGACCCCCAGCAGGGUGCAAGGCACCCUUCCAUUCCUCCUGCUCUUUCUUUCCUGCAGUCUAAGAGGCAGAACAGCCAGGAAGGGGGCAUGAUUCCAUUUGACAGUAGAGAAACAGGUUCACCAAGGUACUGCAACCUGCCCGAGAUACUCAAUGAGAAGGGUCACACGUUGAGUCCAGGGGUUUUGGUUUCAAAUUCCCAUGCUCCGAGGCUGUGUCUGUCUUCACUCCUUGGGCAGGGGACAAAAGCCUGUGCCCCUGUCCCAUGGGGAUCCGUCUCACUUUUUCAUCCUUGGGUUUUAGUUUCUUGGACUAUCAGCAGUCCCUCACCCACCAGCUGAGUGAGGAUUAAAGAGGACUGAACAUUUGAACCCUUUUACAAAACAAAGCCUACUAGUGUUGGGGGGAGAGCAUUCUAGGCAGAAGCCCCAACAUAAAGGAAAAGGCAUCUUGCUGGUGUGUGACCUUGGACAAGCACUGUCUGCCCCCACUCCCCUCUAGGCCCUGGCUUCCCACCCCUGCACAUCCCAACUGCAGAGACAAGGAGUUCACCCCUUUGCACCUUGUGAAUUGGUCCCAGAAUGAAAGCCCAGGUGCUUAUUUUCCAGGGCUAAGAACCCAGCCUGGAUGGUUAUGAGCUCUGCUCUCUGAAAAACUGGUUGGCCCCUGCCAGCUCUCUGGAUCUCCAUGGACUCUGUAUACAUUUGGAAAUAUUUUUAAAAAGUCACAGGAG